GGAGAGCCCCGGGUCCCUCCCCCGGGCGGGCGGGGCCGGCGCGGCCGAGGCAGCGCGGCCGGAGUGCCGCCUGUCCCUCGGCAGGGCCCCGGCAGGUCGCGGUGCUUCUUACUCUCACCGUCGCUCGCCCCCUGCGGCCGCAGGGAAGGUAGAGCUACCGGCGCUCGGCCGGGUCGGGGGCGCUGACUGCGGCUCCGGGGCGGGGCGGCCCGGGGAGGAGGCGGGUCCCCCUUACCCCGCCUUGGGCUCCCCGCCUCGGCCGCCCUGGCUGUGGCCCCUGCGGCGGGCGGGCAUGUCCGCGGCGCAGGUGUCGGAGCAGCGGGGCUGGAGAGCGGCGGAGGAGCCCCGGCGGCCCGAGUCGGGCUCGCCCCGCGGGGAGGAGGCGGCGGAGGAGGGCGGCCGGAGCAGGGAAGCCCUGGCGCCCAAGGAGAACGCGUGGACGCGGCGCAGAGCCCGGCGGGACAGCCCGUCCCCGCCCGCGGGGGCGGACGGGCGGCUCGGACCGCCGGAACCAGAACUAAAAAAUUCCACUAUAGUUAUAAAAGCGGCAAAACCCCGGACAAGGAAAUGCAGCAAGGCUGAUGAUUUUGGUGAUAUCAUGAACUGGCCAACACCAAGCGAAAUAGCAAACAAUGAAUGUAAGACUGUAAGUCACAGUAAGAAGUCAACAAAUAGAAGAGAAAAGGAGGAGAAAUCUGAUCAAAAAAGCAAUAAUGGAAUCAAGGACAAUCCAGAGGCAAAGCCAGAUGGUCUGGCAGAUAACACUAGUGAAGAUGAAGCUCACACGAACAACCAAAGGAAAAAAGGUAACAAGCAGAAAUGGGUGCCACUUCAUUUGGACGAUGUAAGGUCAGGCAGCCAAGAAAGACCAGGCUCUCGAACGAGCUCCAGAUUUCUGCUGGAAACAAACAAGUCAAUACCUCAUAACAACAGACGGAAUGAAGCAAGAAAUUGGCGUCGUGAUAGAGAAAAGAGAGACGACCACGAUGAUGUGUGCAGCGUGAGGAGUGAAGGUGGCAGCAUCCGAGGAUUCUCCAGAGGCAGAGGAAAAGGGAGAGGCAGAGGAAGAGGGAGAGGCAGAGGAAACCCUAGCAUGAACUUUGAGUAUUCAGUUGGUUAUCAAGAACUGUAUGGUGAAGGAAUUGACCAAGUAUUCCAGCCUGAGCUUAACAGUGGUGUGAUGUAUUACUAUGGUGAUGGAACAGGAGUGCAGAUGUAUUCUGUGGAUGAAGCACUUCUCAAGGAAUAUAUAAAACACCAAAUUGAGUAUUAUUUCAGCACAGAAAAUUUGGAAAGAGACUUCUUUCUGAGGAGAAAGAUGGACCAACAAGGAUUUCUGCCUGUUUCAUUGAUCGCCAGCUUCCGUCGGAUGCAAGCUCUGACUACAAAUGCUGCACUCAUUUUGGAGGCCCUAAAGGACAGCACAGAAGUUGAAACUGUGGAUCAGAGACUAAGAAAAAGGGUUGAUCCAGAAAAGUGGCCAAUUCCAGGUCCUCCUUCAUGCAGCCUGCCUCCAACUGACUUUUCUCAGCUCAUCAAUUGUCCAGAAUUCAUACCAGGACAAAUUUUUGGCUCACAUGCAGAGUCUGCACCGAGUUCUCCAAGAAUGGGAAGCCCACUGAGUCCAAAGGAAAACACUGAAAUAAGUAAUUUUCAGACAAUGUCUAAAGGACUGUCUACAAGUUUGCCCGAUUUGGACUCGGAACCUUGGAUAGAAGUGAAGAAGAGGCAUCGGGCAUCCACAGUCAAACUAAAGGAAACUGUUCCUAUACCUGACCAAACAGCAGAUCAACACAAACCACCCCCACCUCCAGAAGAACAAGAACAAGAAGAACUUGAGUUUUUGUUUGAUGAAGAGAUGGAACAAAUUCAGGAGCAGAAGAAUAAAUUUACUGAUUGGUCAGACAGCGAUUCUGAUUAUGAAAUUGAUGAUCAGGACGUAAACAAGAUUUUGAUUGUAACACAGACACCACCAUAUUUGAAAAAACAUCCUUGUGGAGACAAUACUGGAAACCACGUGUGCCGUGCAAAAAUUACAUCAGAACUUGCUAAAGUCAUUAAUGACGGCUUGUACUAUUAUGAACAGGAUUUGUGGAUGGAUCAGAGUGAAAAUGAUGCCACGAUGAAGCAAGAGAUUGAGAACUUUAAGAAGCUAAACCUCAUUAGUAAGGAAGAAUUUGUUAUUCUUGCACCAGAAAUGGCUGGUCUAACCCAAGAAGUUCCUCCUGGACCUCCAGGGUUACAGAAAGCAAAAGAACUGACUUGUAGCAUCCUAAGUUUUGAAGUACCUCCAAAAGCAGGAAUAGCUCGAUCACUGCCAACAGCAGUUCCAGAUUCCCACCAUUUUCACCCUGGCUUGAUCCCGCGAACACCUCGCACCCCAAGGCUACAGGAUCCCAAAAAAACACCCAGGUUCUACCCUGUUGUUAAACAAGCACGAUCCUUUGAUAUAAAGACUCCUAGAAAAAGAAAAACACGCCACAGUACAAAUCCUCCCUUAGAAUGCCACGUUGGUUGGGUGAUGGAUUCCAAGGACCACAGGCCUAGAACAUCCUCUCUGAGCAGUUCCAAUGCCUCGCCUUCAGAAGGAGCUCCACUAGCAGGUUAUGGCUGUACCCCAAAUUCUCUUCCAAAAUUUCAGCACCCUUCUCAUGAACUGUUAAAGGAAAAUGGCUUUACUCAACAGGUGUACCACAAAUACCGGCGAAAGUGUUUAAUGGAGAGGAAACGGUUGGGGAUUGGCCAGUCCCAAGAAAUGAACACACUUUUUCGUUUCUGGUCCUUUUUUUUGAGAGAUCACUUCAACAAGAAAAUGUAUGAAGAAUUCAAACAACUUGCUCUAGGGGAUGCAAAAGAACACUGCAGGUAUGGCUUGGAAUGCUUGUUUAGAUUUUACAGCUAUGGCCUGGAAAAGAAAUUCAGACAAGAAAUAUUUGAGGAUUUCCAAGAAGAAACAAAGAGGGACUAUGAAGCUGGUCAGCUGUAUGGACUGGAAAAAUUUUGGGCUUACCUAAAAUACUCUCAGUACAAGACUCCAGCCAUUGACCCUAAACUGCAAGAAUACCUGAGUAAAUUUAAGAGACUGGAGGACUUCAGAGUGGAGCCUCCUAUUAGUGAAGAAUCUGGCAGAAAGAGACCAGUUGCUGCAACAGAUGAGGAUUCAGGUCAUCGCAGACAUCAGUCUCAUUCUUCUAAAAUACUUCCUGCCACUAAACCCACCACUCCCUGUCAGUCCCAGGCACUGGGAAGCAUUACCAGUGGGAAUACUGUGCGAGCGUCCACGAGCUAUAGCAAUGCUGCCAUGAAAUCCAUAGAAAGUGAUAUACCAGAAAAAUAGACUUUGGAUGAGCCCAUGCUCUUGAGAAUCAACCUUGACAUCACUCUCUUAAUUUGGAGAUCUUCUAGGCGAGCCAAUCUACUACAUGAUUAAAAACGUAUGGAAUGACAAAGAAUUGGAUUCUCUUUUUCACAGGAUGUAGUUCCAAAACACUUGCCCUAGGAGAGUUGCUCUUGGUUAUGGGAUCAUCGGAAGGAUCCUAGGGGAAGAUUCUUUGGCUUCAGUAUUGCUUUUCUCAAGCUUUUGUUUACAAAGAACUGCAUUCCUUGCAUAUGCAAAAAAUACUUUGGGGGAUGCCUUACAUUUCAGCUCAGAUUUCUUAAAAAAGGUAACAACCAUGUUAUUUACUGUGCUUUCCUUACUCAGAUUUCCCCAUCAUUUGUAUUUUACCAAAGCAAAAAAGAUUACGUUAUAUGUAGAAUAUUAAAUGGAAAGGAGGGCAUCUCUGUGAUUGGUUUACUUUUGAAUCUAACUAUCAAAAAGGAUGUUUUUGUGCAAAAGCACUUGAGAACACGCAGCUAUAUAUGAAACUGCAUUUCUGGAUUCUGUUUAAAGAUAUAGUUUCUGGUUUUUUCAGGGUCUCCAUAGUUGGCAUUUUAUUAAUUAUGCAGUUUGAGUGGAUAUAACUGGGAUAGUUUUGCAGAUAUUUCCUUCAGUACUAGUUCUUUAAUAACUCAAGGAACAAAAAACUACAGGGGAAAAUUGAGCUUUUGAUUUCACAGAGUCUUAAAUUAACAUUCACCUACAUUUUGUGCAGGUUGUUAAAAUAGCAAACUAUUCAGAUUAUUCUGGGCUUGAGAGGUGUCUUCAUUUGAAUUCUCUUAUGAACUCCAAUAGGAGAGGCAUCAUUUUUAAUUUUUUUUUUCUCCAUAUUUCAAGUAAUAAUUAGUUCGGAGGGAAACGAAGUAUUUCUUGUAAAUUUUAUUUGCUUUAUUUUGCAGUAUCUGAAUUAAGUUCUGCUUAAAUUGUGCUAGCUAAGCCUAAAUGAUUUCAAACAGGUCUAAAGACAAUUCACUGAAUGUAAGUUAUUCAAAUACAAGUCCAUUUUUAUAGCUGAAAGAUGGGGAUGUUUACAUGUGUUACUAACUUCAUUGCUUUGUUUUUAAAGACUCAGAAAGAACGAAGAGGAUAACUUACCUCUUCCAGGGGUAGGUGAGAGGAAUUCCAGCUUUUGGUUAGUUAACUGCAGAAAUCACUCCAGUUAACUUUAAAGUUAAAAAGUUCUGUCUAGCACAGAUGCCUUAAUCUGACUGCACAGCUAUGGAUGGGGUUUUAUUAUAGCAAGACUGUUAAUUUUUCAGUCUUUGUCUCGUGAAUCUCACUGAAACAAAUGAUGGAUGUUUGCAUUGAAAGGAAUGGGUGGCAGCAGUGACCUUUCUACAGUUUCUACCAUUUCAAUACAAAAUCCAGCCUUUUGUCAGUGGCCUGUUUCUAAAUAAAUUUAAACAAACACAUCCCAAGAUUAUAAGUAAAUAUCCUACAAAUAUGCUGAAGUGACACAUCUCAAUCCCAUGUUUGAUCCAUGCCUUUUGCUAUCCAUGAAAAUGAUGCAAAUGUAAAUUUGGAUUGAAAUUGUAUAUACAAGUAAUAAAUUUAAGAUAUUUCCUUUCACUUUUUCAUUGGAAAAUGUGCAGAUUAAGCUUUUAGUGUGUGUAAUUUUGUGAUUAUCCUCAAAUAUUUUAUAAAAACAACAAAAAAAUCCUAAUGUUGUAUAUCAACUAGUGUUGUAUAUCAACUUCCCCCCCCCCAAAGUAUGAAGAAAAACAACUUGAAAGAGUGUAAGGGUGUAGAUUUGCACAGGAAUUUCUGGUGCACUGAGGUAUUGUGGAAACCCAGCCUGUUAAGGGGUGAAGUGGUUCUUGGGAUGUGAGCCAGCUUUCUUCAAGUUCAGUAUUGAUUUGUUUUUGCCACAUGACUGGGUAUUUUCAAAAAAACCACUACAGGUGAGUAAUAAGUAUGGUGGAAAGCAAAGAGAGAGAAUACUUUACCUGAGAGAAUGAAUACUUUACCUGCUGCCCUCUAGAAUUGCUUAGAUAGUGUCCCUUUAGUGGGGUGGACAAAAACACCACCCAAGUCCAUCCACAACUCUGGCUGCCUUCCAGGAAUGCCCCUUUCACUUCCCAUGGGCUUGAAUCUUCCUCUUCUUUCCUUGCAGAGAGGUGGGAAAUACAAUACUUACAUUGCUGCUUGUUUCUCUAUCUGGCUUCACGUGGUUAAUCCCUUCUCAGUAACUGAUGUACCUUGUUGCAAGGCCAUAAAUUUGUCUCUGAACCUGCGUGUGUAUCCAGCAUGCCUUCUGAUGCCUUUUAGGUCCAUUUAAUCCAACCUUGAGUGGUUGUAUUCUGUCAGUGGUCUAUUACUGAACACUCAGCAGGUCUUGGACCUUUCCUUGUCUAAAAAUUCUCCCAUGAAGACUUUCUAGAUUUGUCUUCGUUUCUUCUGUUGAGAAAUGACCAUACCAAUACUUCAAAACACUAUCCAGCCUUAAACUCAGGAAGAUUCCUGUCAUGCUCUAUAAAAGGGAAGGGAAAACUCAAGCUGGCUCUUGUUCCUGAUGAAGACUAGAUAUUUUCCUAUAAUGAGCAGCAGUAGCCUGGUCUGUGUGACUUAUGCUCCUGAAGUGCAACAGGGAUUUGGAUUUCUGGGGGAGAUAAAGCAUUAGAAUGAAUGGAAAACAGUUUGUAUUCACAGCAGCCUCUACUGUGCAGCCUUUGCUUCAGGCACUGCUGAGGUGACAAAUGACACUGCCUUGGCUCCAGGUAGAGGAGACUGAGCAUAGCCAAUGAUCUUUUCCUGAUAAAUCCCAGAGCUAUAUUAGGCUUGCUUGACCUGUUGUCUUAAGGGCUUUCUUCCCUGCUGUCUUCAGCCUCUGUGCUUUUGGGGUUUCAGGGAAACAACCCUUCACCUGUAUUUGAGCCAACCUUGGCACACAGGUUCUAUCAAAGCAACCUUAAACCCAGUCUGUGAGCACCUCUUAGGAAACAUUCACCUUUAACUGUAAUUAGAAGCCAGUAGAAAGAUUUAGUAGUAACAUUCAUACCUAAUUAUUUAUUUGCUUUCCAUAUGUAAGUAAGCCUUCAAGGCUUCCUUAACUUGUGUUAAGGAGGAAAGGAAUAAAUAGCCAAAUCUUUUGUACUGUUCUACACAGAGGAAUAGUAUCUUUUCCUAGAGGAAAUAAACCCCCACAAACUCUUACUGUAUUAUCAAAGAGACUCAAACAAAGCCUAUGCAAGGUUUAACUGUUCCCUGACCUUUGCAAUGAAGACAGUAAAAUCAAACUGAUUUUGCAGGAAGAAAAGUAAGGUUAGAAUAUAGCUUAGAACUAAGAUAUUUAAAGUGAAGCAAAAUCAGCAGAGUGCCAAACUGAUUUUAGAUUCUGUGUCCAACCCUGAAGGAUAGAAAACUUAAACCUCAGCCAAGGAAAAGUAGAUCUAGCUCAGUAAAAAGAUACAAACAAGUACAAGCAUGUGAAAAGAUAAUUCUGUAGUCCUUACUGGAAAUUCAAGAUGUUCAGAUCAAGUAACAACAUGGUAAAUUUUUAUUUAAAAUCAAGAAGGUUUAAAAAUAUAUUUCCUGCCAUAAUGCAGCAUUUUUGGGAAGCGGCGUACAACUGAGGCAGAAGUGUCAAAACAAACAAUGGUUCAAACUAGUUUAACACUAAGUCUAGCCCAGGAAAACAAGUCAUAUAUUUAACUGAAAAUGUAUUUUGUUCCUAUGGAUCAUGAGAAAUUCUCCCUUCCAGACCCUCAUGUUGCUUAAACAAAAGUUAACAGAGUCAGUACUAACCUUCCCAGCAUUUUACUUAACAGUGAAUUUUGACCAAGUGAUUGACACAAAUGUUCCAAGGAUGAACACCUCCAUCAAAUUAUUAUAGCAGCUGCACUGAAGGUUAGAUAAAUCUGACAUUAUUCUCAAUUAUGCUUUAUAUAUGUCGACUUUUUAUAUAUAUUACUCUGUGCUUUAAAGCACUUUUUUUUUUUAGAUUAUCAGCUUUAGAUCACUACUGACUUUGUAUGUAGGACGGAUGAUGGUAAUUUAAAUCCACUAGACAUCAAAAUACAGAAUUAAGUCUACGCAACAUUCUGCUGCCAUGGAAUAAGUUUUGUAUUCCUCAGAGUUACCAUUAAGAUGUUUUAAAACAAAACUCAUGCUUUACCCAUCUUGUUCAGCCAAUCCUAAAAGUUAAAUUUUAAGCAUUAUGCUUUUACAACAUUUUUUAAGAAACAGCAGAAGGGCAUGUAACUACCUUUCUUUCUCUAGUAGGAAGCUAGUACAUCAAGCAGAUAUAAGCAUGAUGAACAGCUAAUGCUAUGCCAGAUGUAGCAAUACUAAUGGCUGUAAUGAGUGAAGAGCAGAGAAAUUGACAGUGUUAAGAACCUCCAGCCAUGACUUUGUAUGGUAGAAGCUGUACCAUGUAUGUGUAUUUUCAUGUGUAUUUUACCAAAUACAAUGCAGAAAAAAGUAUUUAUCUGAUUGUCCUAUGAGAUAGUUGGGUAAGCUGCCUUUUCCUGCUCCACAAGUAGACAAUCUGGAUGCCAUGAUGAAAUGCAACAGCUAAAAGUGAAAGGCAUACUGUAAUUGUAGGGUAAAACCUUUUAUAGUGAGAUUUAGUUAAAAGAAAAAAACUUUCUAGUGAAGCGUCCAGAUAUAGAACUGGUGUUUCAUUACUCCUAGCCCCUGUCCUAUGGAAGGAAGCUUUUAUUUAUAUUAUUAGUUUCCACUGUUCCAUCUAAACCACAUAUUUCUGUGGUUAGUUACAGCAGCAUGCCCAGCAUUUCAGCAGAGUUAGAUGAUUAGCAGACACUCAAUCCAAGCCUGGAUAUUGUACUAUUGCUCAGCUUAUAACGAUGUGACCCAAGCCAAAGCCAGUGCUUACUGAAUUCACACCUCUCAGAACUGUCCAGCCUGAACAGGACGCUGCAGCCAUAACUUUAUGGAGAAAGACCUCUACUUCUGUUACUUCUUCCAUGCUAAAACUAUUCUAUUCCAAGGCUGGAUAUGCAAGCAACAGCAUUCAAUCUGCCUUCUAGGACACUUGAGUUACACGAUUCAAUAGAGGAGGUUUUGUUUAUUUGUUUCAUUUACAUCAAUAUAAAUCUCUUUCAGUCAAAUAGGAAUAAAAAAGUAGUCAACUCUGGAAUUUCACAGUUUACAAUUCCACAGAAUGUGUAUAUAUAUAAAUUGUUACUGUAGACUUAUUACAGGUGAAAUCUGCAGAGGUACACAGACAUAAGCCACAAAGCUGCUGUUCUUGUCCUAUUAAUGCCAUGAGACAUAUUCCUCGUACUGUACAUUACACUGAGUUUCUAAAAUGCUUUAUUUACAUUACUUCUUUUUCCCCACCACAAAUGCAUUGGCAUAGGUUUACUCUCUUAAAUACAGCUUACCUGAGUAAGUCCUCAAGAUUCCUCAACAGGGAAAACAACUAGACAAAGAGCAGUAUUAAUAGUGAUGGAUGCUUCACAUAUCCAAGAUUUCUUCCCCUUUGUAUUUCAUCAUUUCCAGCUCUGCUUAACAGCUACUAUAUAAAGUCUGACAGCACAUGUGGUAUUGUACAUGCUUUAUUAAAAUGGUACUUGUAUUUACAAUAUCUGCAGAAACAAUCCCUCCCACAUCUUGCAUUCAGACAGACACACACACAGACACACGCGCGCAACGCCCCUUCGUUCUACAGGGGUGUGAAGGCUAUGCUCCCAAAAGUUAGGCAGCUUCUGGAAAAGGAGGAAGGGUGACUUUUUUGUGUGUUUGUAAUUCAUUAAAAAGAAGCAUGGGAGUAUGCAUUUGGCCAUCACAAUGCUAAUUUAAGUAUAUGUAGUAUUAACAUAUGGCAGUAACACUGAGUAUUCCUCUUUUACAUUCUAUACACAGAAUGACAUCAAGGCUUUCCAGUCAACAGAACAUUCCAACUUCAGUCUCAAUGCUGCUUGUAGUGACUAUGAAACCGCAAUUUGGGGGCUGUCCCUUAAAACAAUUCAAGUCUAUGUAAGCGAAAUAAGGCACAAUUAAUAUUUGAUUUGAUUUAGAGGAUGGGAAAAGGGGGGAGAGGCAGGCUUCAGAUAGUAGUUGUUGCAGAGGAAAUGGUUUUAUCCAAUCCUUCUGAGAAAAGGAUGAACUUUAUCCCCAUCCUAAUCUACAUGGACUUCUCUUAGAGAACUGAAGUAUUCUGCUGAGGCCACUAACGCCCACAUACAAAACAAAAUUGGAAAUUCACAUUUUAGCACCAGCUUCAGUAGUCUAACCUACUGCUGCUGAUGUGCAUGAGUACAUCUUUAAUGCUAGAGGAGAAACACACGACACAAGAUUCAACCCUUCCUCUGAGCUUGAAGACUCACAUCUUUUAGAGAACUUGUAAGAUAUACUACUUGAAGGCUUCAGCUUACUGAUAAAAAGGAAUAGCAUUUUUGCCUUUAAAUCCCUGGCCCCUCUUCCCUAACGAAGCCUAACCAGACAUUACAAAUAAACUGCAACAAAAAAUUUGGCAGCACAAAGAAUGUCUAGUAUUCAAAUCUUCACUUGUGAGUAUAUCCUUAUACAAAACCUGUUGAAUGUUUUUCGCAGCAGAUGAACUGUACCCAAAGAUGCAGGACAUUCUGUGAUGGGGAUAAGAGGUUGCAGUUCCGAAGGCCCCUGACUUUGGUUGUUUACAAAGUUCAUUCCUGUUUAGUGUGAUCCUUGGUAUCUUCCUCAUCUGUGUAUUCUGAUGGUUCUUCCCCUGGUUUUAGGAGUCUACCUACGUAGUCAUAUUUUUCUGAAAGAGAGUUAUGAUUCCAUUACAAUCAAAUACAGCUGCAUUUGCUUGUUAGCAUGGACUACUGCAAAUUCACUUUCUCUUACACACUACAGUUCUUAACCUGAAUCACUGGAAUUGGUGGUAAUUUAGCAGCAAGCUCAGCCUCCCAAACCAUUCUUUCUACUACUGCUGCUCCCUUCCUUCUCUAACUGUGAGUACUUUGUUUCUGUUCUCCCGCAGCUGAUCAGGCAAAGCUUUGUCACUCAAGGGCUGAAAUUGCUGCUCUUCAGUCCCUCAGCCUGUUUUGAUUUCAGUCAGUGUGAAAAAUGACUCUUCCUCCCUCCUGAGACAUAUUUGUCAGAAAUUAUUUCAAGACAAACUUGUUCAACCCUUUAUGCUAAAACAGUCUUUAGUCCUAAUUAUAAUUCCAUGGCACCCAAAGCCAACAACCUGCAAGCAGGAGUUCCAUCAGCUAAGCUGAUGAGAUUUGAGAGUGAAAUUCUGUUCUGAAGAGCUAAGAGAACAGUUUUCUUGUAUAAAACUAAAAAGUUGAAAGAGAUUUAGUAAGAUAUAGUGAAAGGCUCUCUACGGAAGAAAGGCCUGAAUUCCCUGGUCUUUUCUUAACGAAGUUACAUUGCAUUAAUGAUAUUAUUGUCAACAUCUCUUUAAAAGCUUCCCAAGCCCAAAUCAGUCAUUUUUAUUAAAAGCAUUUCCUUAAGCUAAAGAUGUGCUGCUAAUUUGAGAAUUUACCUUUAAACUGCAUUUCCCACUCUCUUACACUUUCCAUCUGUACAGCAUUUAAGUCCGAUAGGUCAUCGUAUUCAUCUCUGAGUGCAUCUUUAUCUAGACAGAAAGUUGCUAGUCCCCUGGAGGCAUCUCUGCCAGCAAAUAUUCCAUAUGGACCCUCUGAAAACAAAAAGACAAAAUUGAUGCCUUCAAGUCUUUGUUUAUGAUAACCAAAUCUCUGUUCUUUACAUUGUCUGCCCAAGCCAUAAAUUAAAAUUCUGCAGUGACUGGAACAGCAGCAGUUUCAAUGCCAUGGCUGUUCGACAUUCAACAGCACUGCAAUUCAAUCUUUAAUGUCACUGGGAGAUAAAGUCUGCUGAGAGAAGCAGAACCAGGAAAAUAACUUUAAAGGGAUAUCUGGAAAAAUCCCUGUCAGUUGAUGCACGUCAGUGGAUGCAAAUUCCAAAGGGACCAGAGGCUGGAAUUCAAAAGAAAUGCACUUACUUCUAUUAAACAAAACAUUGGGUAUUUACAAGUCAGGCAUUAGCAGAACCAAACUCUAUAGACAUCUUAAUUAGAAAGUCAUUAUUAUAAAUAAAUAUAACUUAAGACUGCUAGUUAAUAAUUUCACUUAACUUAUAGAACCACAAGAACUUUCUACAUCUUUUGGGACAUUUCUUACUUCUGUGGAAAUCUCCUCACUUACUUUGGGCAGCAGAUCCUCCAUAUCCCUAUCCUGUACUGCUCUUGAAAACAGCACAAAUUGUCACGUUAAGAAUAUAAAGCAACUACUUCUUCUGUACUUUUUGACUAAUGCAAAGCAGCACAAAUAUGCCAAUAAAAUUUUGAGCAAUGACUAAAAUAAGUAUUAUUACUAAGAGAACUGGAUGAUUUGCAAACUAACAACUUUCAGGAUAAGGUUGGUAACUGGCUUUCCCAAAUUUUAAUUAAUGGAAAAGACUUUAAGCAUAUGUUAAAUUUUCUUGACCUAAAACCAAAUACCUUAAUUCAGAUCAGUUCAAACAAACAAACAAAAAAAAACCCCACAACCAAAAAGCAAACCAAAAAACCCCACCCACUUUAAAGUUUUCUGCACUAACUGCAGCAGCUGAGCACCAGGGAGAUGCCCAAGGCUUGCUACAGAGUGGUUGCUACUUGAAGAUAAAUAGGCCAGGACCCUUCUCUGGCUUACCUCUCGACAGUGGCCGUCAGCCUGAAGGCAGCACCCAUGGGCAAGAAUGAACACAAGCAAGUGGCAACACACUGUCCUUCACCCCCUCUAUUGCCUGCUGGAGCACCUCAGACCUCUUCUGCACCAGGACGAGCCACGGGAAAUCAAUCCAAGAGGCUGGUUUCCUCCCAGGCCGCUUGCUCCAGCCACCACACCUAUCUGCUCUUGCAGGGCAUUGACUUCGGGGUUCAGACAGAGGCUGAAUGCAGCAGGAAGAAUUCCUGAGGCAAGGAACCCGAGUACCAUAUGGAUUAGAAGAAACUACGUCCUCACCAGAACUGGUGUCGUCUCUCCACCCCGGAGUGCUUGGCAUUGUAAGCUGCUUACAGUCAGACCUGAGAACAGAAGGGUGUCUUGUGUGCCAAAGACAAUUCCCUUGUCUCUCUGGAAAUAAACCAACUGAUUUAAAAGCAAAAUUCCACAAAAAGGAGGUAUUGGAGAAUGAACUAUCAACUGAAAGUUUGCACUGUACCAAUCUGGCCAUAAGAGACAAUCAUAAUGAUCAACAGCAUGAUGUGCUCAUCCUUUUAGAUAUUUAGCUCCAGGAAUGACAUUCACAAAAACUACCUUUGGAAUCAGAAACUACAUUUAGAGUACUAAAGAGAAAAAAAGGCAAGAGGGCUAGUGAACUCUAUCUUUCCUAUUGGCAUCCUGAAUUAGAUGUUUAUUUGCAAAACAGGAUUUAGAGACUGACAUAAACCCUGUACAAAUGCAUUUUGCAUACUCAGUCACUUCCCACAGAACAGGCUAAGACGCAGUGAUGCCUAUCAUCUGCAACACAACAGUUUCUUCAAACAAGAAGUCUUGCUUCACUCAAAAUAGCAAUCAUUCAAGUGAUCUAGUUUUUUAUGUUCUGCAUGAAGAACUGGAGCUAUAAACAGCUCUUACAAACACCACAGUCAGUAAAGCUUUAAGAGCAAUUGUAUGUUACUUAAUGUCCCCACCAACAGUAUUUUGUCCCCAGUUUUUCCUUUCUCUGAAGUGUUUCAAGCAAAUAUUGCCAUAAAUCCUACUAUUUGGAUAAUGCGUUAUCUAAAUUCUGACUAACCAGAGAGUAGCACACUGCUACCCUUCUCUUCUACCCUGCAUUUAGUGGUUUGUGGAGUUUUACAGCACCUGCUGAGAUGCCACCUCUUGGUCAACCAGCUUGAUUACAAUUAUUUCUAUUAAAAAGAGAAUGACAUAUUUAUCAGUAUCACAUUUAUCAGCACUGAACACCCUUAUAUCUCAAUAAUACACUUAACUGAAAGCAUGAAAGCUUUUAGAAUGUAUCAGCUUGCAGUAAGAUUAAUGGAGGCAAAAUUUCUGCCAAUAUCUUUUAAUAUCUUUUAAAUAUCUCAUAUGCUAUUACACCAAUUUUUUUUUCUUUUCUGAAACUGGAUCUAAACAUUCCAGAUUGUUACUACAGAAGUAUUCAGAAGUCACAGAGAAACCAUCGAGCCAUGUCCAAGCACUCAAUGGAAUGCUAACUUGUAAAAAUCAGCCUUUGGAUUUGGUAGACAGUAUCUCAAAUUCCAGCUCUGUAAAUGUAACUUAGAAAUGUGUCCCAUCCUUUACUAAAAGGUAAAUAUUGAAUUAUGAUUAUUAAAAUAUUGAAUUGUGAUUAUUAAAAUAUUGAAUUAUGAUUAUUAAAAAAUGGUGCAAGCUUGGCUUCACCUUAGUUGCACGGUUGCUAAAGCGAAGUUUAGAGUACUCGGUAUGAGCAAUCUACUUCAACAUUUAAAGCUUCCAUUCAGGUACUUCUACACAGGGUUUAAGUACAGUAUUUUAUAUUAAUAUAGAACAGAGAGGUCUGGGGUUCUGCUAUUAGCCCAUGUCUAUUAUUCACUUUUAUAUAAAAUACCAAUGCAACAGUCUUAAAAAGGUAUUUUGCAUAUCAGAUUUCAUUGCAUUUGGAGAAGCACCUAGGAAGGUGCAAGCACAGAGAACCCCAGGGAGAAAAUAUCCUUCAGGAACAUGAUUCUGAGUUAGAGACAUUAGUGCAAUCCUAGACAUGCUCCCACAGAGUUUUUUCAUGACCAGAUGCAAUUUACUCUGCAAGCCCUACCCACAGUCCUUCUUUCCUUUUGUCUGCCCACCUAUUUAGACUGGCUCCUGCUGUAAAUAAUUGAUUGCAGCAUGACAUGACAGACACACUGAAGAGAGGGCAAAAACAGAGGCUUAUAGCAUAGGAAUGUAAACCAAAGUGAUUUUUCGAGACCCUAUCACAAAAUCUCAGUUUUCUUUUGCUGUAUCCCCAAAUUAGCUAUUUCAUAGUCAACUAUGACUUUAAAAAAUUCCUCUCCCACUCCUAUUUGGCAUCUCACAACAGUGGAAGUCAGGGAAGUGUCAAAACGAAUUAAAAUACGUCUGCUACAUGUUACUUGGCUACAUGGUGCUAUGAGCCUUACAUGAAGGAAAACGCUGUUCCUUGAAGAAUGCUUUUCUUCCCAUCAUGGCUUUCAAUAUUAAAGCACUCUGUUCAGAGCCUUUGUUUAUUUUAGCCCUGAGACCAAUUAUCCAGACCACAUAUUUGCCUACAUAACUCCACAUCUUUACCACCAUGUUCAUACACUGCAUUUUCCCCUGUAUAAAGUCCUCAUCUACCUUACAACUCCACCUUGUAUAAAGUACACCCUUCCCUAAGCUACAACACAUGCAAAACAUUGGUACCCACCACCUGCAGAUCCUCACUUCCUUUUAGAAUCCAGUUAAGAAUCUGGCAGCCUUGAUGAACUUGACAUUGUGUUCCAGCCUGAUAUUUGUCUUUAUUCAGAAUAAACAAUUCACAACUGGUAAAAUCAAAAUCCCUUCAGACAGUAAAAAUACCUUUGCAAUUCCUGCACUCAGGAUUUCUGCACUUCCUAGCCCUGUUUUGGUUCUCAGAUGAAGAUUUAAUUUCUCUUUGCAGACACUUUAAGACAACAGCAGGCAAGGAAGAAUAUAUUUAGGCUAAAGCACUGUAGUAAAAAUUUUGAAGUAUGAAGUUUUUAUUUGGAAACACUGCUUCGAGUCACUUCCUCCAAAACAGGCUAAACUGGAUCUUGGAAUAGCAUGCAUUUCAAUUUUCAGCCAGUCUGGCCAAUAGUUCCCCCAGCAAAACCUAUACUCAUAUUCAACUUUGGAGUAGAUAUUCUUGGUUACCGAAGAGGCUACCUGACCAUUUAUUUCAGUUCUGUACCGCUUUGUGGAACAUCCCAGACCAUUGCUACAAGACUAGUAAAGAAGUGAACACUGUACACUGAACUUUGGAUUGUUCCAACGGGCAGUGCAGGGAUCACACCACAGACAGCCACGUGGACUUUAUAUCUAACGAAGUGAUAUGUAAUCUAAAAAUUGUAUUCAUUUUCACAAGGCCCAUUAUGUGAUUUCUCUGAAGAAGCCACACAGGUUAACAAGGUUCCAUUUUAAACCAGCAGCUUUGGUUUCUUCAAGUAGGAAAUGCAAUCACCAAAUAUGCAAAGUGUACCAGAUGUUCUUUGCAUCUGUUGACUCCAUGCAGCCACUGGAAAUAAACCCCAGUUUUGUCUGAAGCUUAGAUAUUCACGGACGACAUUUGUUCAUCUGCAGACAAAAUUAUUAACAACUAGGUUAUUCCAUCACUUUGCCUACUUUUUCCACUCCAGCUCAAAGCAAAAACUCCACUGGUUGUUCGACAUUUUCCAUCUGAAUCCUGACAUGUGUUUGUUCGGUGUUGCAUCUUUCAUGAGGGAAUGAAAAAGCUACAAAUUAGACAAAGCCAUUUUGAGACGCAGCUUGAAAGCAGAAGCUUUCUAAUAACAUUUAUCACUGGGAAUUCAAGGUGACAUACUUUACUGCUCCAGAUUUACACAAAAGAUGUGGGUUAAUUUUAAGUUACAAUUUGCAUGAAAAGUAUGUGUUCUUAGGAGACCAAUCCACAAAGUCUGCAAGCUGAGAUAGAAACUGCUUAGAAACAGAGGUCUAACCUGACUCCUCAGGCAUAAGGCCAGAGGGCCUCACUCUCACUUAUUUCCAUUUUAACUCUCUAGGAAAAAAAAGUGCAAGAAUCAACUUAUGGGGUAGACAACAAGCACUGCAAAGAGAGCUUGUAGUUGAGCAGUUGAGAGAUUCCUGGAAGAUAGUUCCAUUCUUGAGAAGGACCUAGAUUCUACAUCUUGCGUUAGUGACAAAUGCUCUGGCCACUAGUUUAUCUCAUAAUAAGACAAGCAAUGCUGGCCAGGUGUUUUGAUUAAAUGAAAGUGAUGCUGCUGUCUACUGGAUUUAACAUCCAGAUGUCACUAACAAUGUCACUAUCACAUUCUAAUAUAUCUUGCUCUUAGCAUACCUGCUUGAUUAGGCCCCUCAAACCCAGGUGACUCAAUGAUCUCAGAGGUUUUUUCCAACCCAAUCGAUUCUGUGACUGGGACAUGAUUGGUUUAAACAGGAACUAGGAAUUUACAGAGACCUUUUAUUAAACACAGUUAUUCUAGUUUUAAGGAACAUAUUGAUGUUAUGAAAAAAGGAAAAAGAAAUUUAAAAAAAGAUAAGGAAAAUGCUGACAGACACAAGAAGCAGAAGCAGAGGAGGAGACGAGUACUGAUUUUCCUGCUCAAAAGCACUUUACUGGCCACUGCUCUCCAUGAACAUGGCCUGGAGGCUCAGAACAACCCCUCCAUCCUGUAUGGAAACAAUCUCUGACCAAUAGCAUGUAUACACCUUUUAGUUUUACUACGUCUGGUUGGAACUCCAUUUUAUCCAGAAAUGCUGUUUCUCUGAAAAGCUGAAUCCCAGGAGGAGAGACAUCUCAUUACAGACACCAAAGAGCUGACAAACAUCAAAAAUGCAGAGAAGACACACACCUUAGAGAAAGCAUUUCUUUCCCCCAGUCUUAUCCUCCAUACUUAUCUGUAAGCCCUCAGCCUGUUGUGUUCUUAAGAUAAGGUCACCCUUAGCAGAAUUGUCCAAAUACAACAUAUAUAAUGUCCCUCCUGCAACAUUUCACUCUAACCGUAUCCUCGUAAAGGAUGUAUGGAAAAGCACUGUUAUCAUGUGGUCAAUAGAGACACAAUGAAGUUCACAGCACUCAAUUCCAAAGGAAGUCUAACAGCACUGGAUUAUUUUUAUAGGAAGGAACAACUACUAUCUUAUCUAUUCCUCCUGGCAAACUUGGAAAAUCAGAAAUCUUCAUGACAACUUGAAAGACAAGAGUGGGAUGAGAAAUGAGCUGACAAUGACAAUGUACUGCAGCGAAGGGAAGUCGGGAAAUUGAUUUUUUUAAGAUCACGAAACAUUAAGUACCAAGAAGUGACGUGAACAGGUGCAUACACAGGAUUGCAUAUAAUCUUGCUUUGUCAUGCUCAAAGACAUAUAUUUUUCAUAAAUGCACAAAGUAUUUGCUAAGUUAAUCAAAACCUGUUUACAGCAUUACCUUGGUAUGCCAAUUUAAAUGCUAAAUAUUAAGACUUGCUGACAUAAAGUACUUUAAAUCUUACAAUGCCCUUCUAUUGACAAAUAUACAACCAGAAAUCUUGAUAAAAACAAACAUGAAAUUAAAUGUUGCAAUAAAUGAAAUAGUAGAUACUGUGUGUUGUUAUAAAGGUACAAAAUCAACACAGCAAACACAAAAGGUACUAAUCGUUAGACCCUAAGUCAUGAGAUGUGAUUACAGAUGGGAAAUCAUCCCAAAACAGCUUCUCUGAAAGCCUGGUUAUGUGAUAUUUUUAAUAGUUAACCACUAAUUGCCUACUUUAUUUCUUUCAAAGUUUGUGUGUGAUUAAGGAAAAGGCAAUUAAUUAAAAUUAAUAACCAAUCAAAGCAUUCUAGGACACUUACUCAUUUGAGCACAAGCAGAGGUGGCAUUUCAUACACCUAAAUGAGGUGUUGAAACAAAGGGCAUCUUUGCAGGACAGAGCGGCAUUUCAGAAAAGAACUUGCAAGUAAAGUUUUAAAUUAAGAGUACAGUGUAAACAAAGUGGGUUUGGGAGGCACAGACAGGUAAAUGUGCAAUGUAACCUUCUCUUGCUCUUAGCUAAAAAGCCUUAGACAUACCAAAGACUAAGAGAAUACUGAUGAGAUAAACUGUGUAAGGCUUAAAGAAGACAACAUGAGAAGAGCUAAAAAAAUCUGAAAAACAUUUUGAUUAAAUGUUCAAGAAGGUGAAGUUUUCAGUCAUGGCUGUUUGAAAGGAUGACUUCAACAGUCUAUCAACAUCUAAAAAUACGUUAACUGUAUGUAUGUAAAGGGCUCUUCAAUGAAACAGGCGGAAGUAUAACAGGAUUCACUGGAUGUGACUUAAAACCAUGAGAGUUUUGAGUGAAGUCAGAAGUUUGGUGGGAACUUUAAUGGAAUCUCAACUGUUGGACAAAAAUCUAGACUAAUGACAACUUUGUGCAUUUUUUAACUUUCUGCUGUAAGUAGAAAAAUGAGAAACACCUUUGAAUCCAAACUACACUGAAGGAGAAAAACCAGACCUUAUUUUCAUGGCAUCAGAAGCCACCUGAGACAGCCACAUUAUUCAACAUUAACCCAGCACUCCAGAUAUACUUAAAAUUGACAGUGAGCCCUCAGCCAAUGCUUUCUGCUGUCUUCAAAGCUGACGCUCUAUUUCACAUCAGUACCUCAACAAAAUACCAAAGGCUCACGGUCAAAGCCUGAAAUAUCAGCAAAGCCAGUGCCCUCAGCUCUUUCUUCUGUUAAAAUCUGGUCAUGCUUUGUUGGUACGCUUUGCAUUUCCCUUGCCACACUCCAGCAAUGAGACAUAAAAUUACCCUGAGAAUUACUGUGGACAUCUGCCUACUCUGACUGAAGCCUUUCUGAAAAGGUCUCAACCAGCUAUAGGAGACUUUUCCACCUGACUCUUCUCAGAUCUUUUGAGGCCUGCAAACCACCUUCUAGCACUUUCCUUUUCAGCCACAAAACAG